AAACUGAAAACCACAAACAGAUGAGGGGGAGUUCUCAGCAGCUGCAUCUGACUCCAUGACACCAACAUGGACUGACUGUAAUCUGGAUGGAUGUGUGUGAGACGAGGGAUGACCUUUGUUGGGCUGUUCUUACACUCCAUCGAUGGAUUCGCCUGUUAGCACGGCCCUGCGGGGCGGUGGCGGCAGUAACUACACAGCUGACACCCCAGGUCCGAGCCUCACUGACCAGCUGGGCACCACCUCACCUGUUGUGCCGAGGGUUGUUUCCAUAGUAACCAGCCUUGUGACAGCCACCACCGAGGCCACGGUUGGAAACACAGGAAACCUAUUGACGUUCAGGGACCAAAGAGGGAGCGAGCUCAGUCAGAUCCAUCAGGCGUCAACCCCGUCGGUGCUGAGCGCCGCUGAGAGUAACUCCGUCCUGCAGGGCAUCACGGUGGCAACUCAGGCGCUGGUACUCCUCUCCAUCUUCCUCCUCUCCAGCCUUGGUAACUCUGCAGUCGUCAUCGUCAUCAUCAAACACAGACAGCUCCGAACGGUGACCAAUGCUUUCAUCAUGUCGCUGUCUCUGUCCGACUUCCUCACUGCCGUCCUGUGUCUGCCGUUCUCCUUUGUCAUGCUCUUCAGUAAGGACGGGAUGUGGAUGUUUGGGGAUCGUUUCUGUGUGGCAAACGGCUUUUUCAACACCUGCUUCGGGAUCAUUUCCACCCUCACAAUGACUCUGAUCUCCUUUGACAGGUACUACGCCAUAGUCAGACAGCCACAGGCUAAAAUCGGACGGCAGAAAGCAACUCAGCUGUUGAUUGCCGUGUGGUUAACUGCAGUAAUUUUCUCUCUGCCUUGGUAUCUGUUGGUUCCAACACCAACAGAAAUCCAUAAGCGAGGGUUCUACCACUGUAUGUAUGUGUUCCACUCUGGAACCUCACGCAUGGGGACUGCUUAUAGCAUCUGCCUUAUUGUUGUGUGCUAUUUACUGCCCUUCUCUCUCAUGUGUUUCUGUCACUAUAACAUCUGUAAGACAGUCCGUCUCUCUGAAAUCAGAGUCAGGCCAGUGACCACGUACGCAUACUUAUUGCGAUUUUACAGUGAAAUGCGAACAGCCACCACAGUCCUGAUCAUGAUUGUUUUCAUCAUCUUUUGUUGGGGUCCGUAUUGUUUAAUGGGGUUGGUCGCAGCGCUAGGGGACUACACAUUUAACCCUGCAAUGGAUACAGUUGCCAUCUGGCUAGCCUGGGCAAACGGAGCCAUCAACCCCCUAAUCUACGCCCUGAGGAACCCCAAUAUAUCCAUGCUACUAGGGCGGAGCAGAGAGGAGGGCUAUCGGACCCGAAAUAUUGCAGCGUACCUCUCCAGCCAAACCCAGAACCGUGAGAUUCGGCUCAACCAAGCUGAGAGGAUAAGGGACCGCUACGUGAGUCGAGUAGGGGUGAACAAUAACAGCAGAUUGUCAAGUUCAAGUCCCGGAAAAGGGGGAGGGGGCGGAGAGGUAGCAAUGUGGGCUUGUAAAAACCCUGCGGUGUUCUUCUGCAGGGAUGCCCAGCCGGACACCGCAACUCUACCCAACUCUAUCAGUGCUCCUAAGAUGAAGACAGCCGACACCAGCCUGUGACAUUCUGAAGAAUGAGCUGGUGAAGGUUCUCAAUCAUCCACGUCAUGGAAAUUCUAAGUGCUAUAUCGCAGGCAACUGGACUUAUUUGAGUUUCUUUACGUUUUACCUCUCAUCCUUAACACCUGGAUCAACAUCAGUGUUCUUGUGUUGCAUUGAGACUUUUAUUGCUAGCAUUAAAGCACGUGAAAAAAAGCAGCUUUGCAAGAAAUGUCCUGCCUGUCCUUUAGCAAACUGCAAAAAAUAUUAAAAAGUUACAUGGAAGAUGGACUCCAGUUAUGGUGUAUCUGAAUACCUAGGCAUGUAAUAAGAUGCUCUUAAAAAAGGUAAAUUGAAUGAAAAAGCUCCCUGUCAAGGAAUCUCCAACAAUGUUUGAUGUUCAGUGUUAUUGACACUGAAAUUUAACUUAAGUCUUUUUUUAAAAGAGAGACAAUGAAGUAUCUAAAAAUAAGCUGGGAGUGUAUUAUAAAAUGAGGGAAUAAUUAUCUUAAUUAUAUAUUUAAAAAAUAUAUUUAUUUUCUUGGU